UUGUUUCUCCUAAUUUCUUUCCAUUCAUUUCCAACCCCCAAACUUUCUUGAUUUUCUUUCACUUGUCAUCUAUAAAGAUCCAUUCUUUACAGCUCCUCAAGAUCAGUGUCCUCUCUUUUACAUACUCUGGCUUUCAGGAACAAUUGUGCAUUACUGCUUUGUUAUCCGAGCUUAUGAUGGGAUGUUUUAGAGUUUCAAAAGGCAAGAAGAAGAGGUCAGAGCAGAAUAUGUAUGUAAAACGAGUUAACCCUCAGGACCAUCCACCCACUGCAUUGCCAGAACCGCCAACUCAAACUCGAAGUUUACAGUCUGCCCCAUCGAGUUUCAGAGACAGGGUUAAACAGCAACCUAAUAGCAGCACCAACAGUAGAGCACGGGCUCUAUCUGCACCUUCAAGCUUGGAUACAGCAGAGCAAGAUGCUCUGUCAGUUGAUUAUGAGGAACAAGAGGGCUCCAAGAGUCGUUUUGGAUCAAUGAAAGAACGUCAGACCCCAAAUCCCAUACCCCUUCCUCUUCCUGCUCCUCAAAAUGCUUCAGUUAUGAAAAAACUGGGGAGUUUUAAGGUAAUGAAUGCCAGUGGCCAACAUAAUAUAUCUGGUCCACUGCCACUGCCUCCUGCAUUACCUCCUUCAAUACCUUCCACAUCUCCUCAAACCCUACCUAUUAAAGGAAAAGUGAGGAACUUCUCAUAUGAAGAACUUGCGACUGCCUGUAAUAAUUUCUCUGCAGAGCGGUGUUUGUCAGUGGGUCUUUCUUCCACUAUAUACAAAGCAUCCUUUGGUGAUGACAAACAUGGUUCAAGAAAACUUGACGCUACUGUGACUCGGUUUAAGUCAUCAACCCAGGGUCAGAAAGAAUUUAUAAAUGAGGUGAAUACACUUGCCAGUUUGCAACACCCUUCUAUUUGCAAAUUACUUGGUUUUCAUGCACACGAGGGUUCCGAAUGGAGGAUGCUAGUGUAUGAGAGGUUAUAUCAUGGAAGCUUAGACCUCCUUUUAUAUGGAAAAUCUGAUCACCCUCUAUUAGAUUGGAAUGCCCGAAUGAAAGUUGCUUCAUGUGCUGCACAGGGUCUCACUUUCCUGCAUGAUGAAGGGCCUUUCCAGGCAAUGUUUCAUGAAUUUUCGACUCGAAAUAUACAAAUCGACAAAGAUUUCAGUGCAAAACUAUCUGGAUAUGGUUGCAUAAGCCACAUCCCUGAGACGUACAUAUCAAGCACUUCGGUUGCACGGACACAUCCUUCAGUCGAGAUACCAGAAAAAGGACUGCUCACACCUAAGAGCAAUGUCUGGAGUUUUGGUGUUGUGCUUCUUGAAUUGCUUACAGGUAGGAGAAAUCUUGACAUUCACCAAGCCAAGGAGGAGAUGAACUUAGUUAAGUGGAGCUGGCCGUAUUUAUCAGAUGAUGGUAAGUUGUCACUGAUUAUGGACCCUCAGCUCAAAGGGUGGUUCCCAGCCAGUGCAGCACGGCAAUUAGCUGAUAUAACUCAAAGAUGUCUUCAAACAGAUCCGUCAGAAAGGCCAACAAUGAGGACCGUUGCUGAACAUCUCAAAAUGAUACAACAAAUGAAAUUUUCAUCCCGGUUGCCUUUGCAAGAGCCAGGAUCACAUGUUCCCAGAAACAUGAUGAGAUCACCUAGCCUGAAUGGUAUAAUCACGCCAGGACCCCAAUUGAGUUUGUCUCCAUCACUAACAACCAGAUUAUCGGCUUCUCAGACGAGUCCACUUGGAAUCCCGCAUUUUAUGUCUCCCCAAAAUUUAUCUACUGUCAGUGGUAGAAUUUGAUAUAUGGAAAGCGAAAAUCUUGUGUAGAAGGCUACCAGUUGUUAAUACAGAGCGUAUUUGCCCUUCCCUUGUCGAGUCAUUUUAUUGGUUUUUUAAGUGCCUUUACAAAGGGACAAGGGGUGGUAAAAUAGUCUGACCUUCCUAAUAUUGAUCUCAAAUUUUGGAUUAUUAAAUCUGAUUUUUGAAUUUUGGAUUUAUUAAAUCUGAUUUGUUGAGUUGGGAUUUAAA